AGGCCAUUUGCCAUUGAAAACUGUUUCACAUAAUGCCAAAAUAUCGUAAAUAUUUUCUAAUUAAAGGAAGAAUAUAAUUUAGAGUCAGCUGAACAUCCGCCUAUUUUUUAACUACGCAAGCAUGUUUCCAGCUUUAGGUUCGAACGAAUUGAGAAGCUAUUUAUUCCGACGGCAACUACUUUGUGAAUUCUUCGGCACAUUUUUGCUGAUGCUGGUGCGGAAGACAGUCAGUACGGUGGAGGACACUCAAUGGGCCGUAACGAAAAUAUCAUUCGCUCUCGGCCUAACUGUUGCUGCCUUGACCAAACUAUUUGGUCGCAUAAGCGGCUGCCAUAUCAACCCUGCAGUUUCUAUUGCUUUCUUUGUUGUCGGCGAGAUGAGCACUUUACGUCUAUUUUUCUACAUAAUCAUGCAAUUAUUGGGCGCAAUUUCGGCAGUAUCCACGUACACAUUAUAUGCUUUCGCCAAUUCUAAUGCAAUUCAAGAGCCUAGUGCAUUGGAAGACUGGCAAAUAAUAUUAUUGGAACUAAUACUCACAACUAUGUUCAUCAUGCUGUUUCGAACAAUGUCUGAUGCACAACAUCGCAGUCAACGGAGUUCCGCGUCUAUGGCCAUAGGCUUUGCAUAUACAGCAUGCCUUUUGAGUGGCACCUCUAUAUCGGAGGUGGCACUGAAUCCGUUAUUGCAUUUUGCUUCUGGGCCAAAUAUAUUUGCUGGCGAUUUUACACCAGCUAUUGGUUCAAUUCUGGGUGGCAUUUUUGGAGCACUGACGUAUGAAGCCUUAUACAUGCCGUAUAAACGAGAACCACGCACCUCGAGCCUUUUCGAUUGGCUACGCAAUACGCCAUCAGCAGAGAGCAAAUCAAACGUUCGUUAAUUUUGUAUUUUGUAGAAAGGAUUUGGAUGCAUUACUAUUAUUUAAUAAAACUUGUUUUUGUCGCCUUCA